AGCUCGAUAUAGCUUCGCAAAACCUUAAAAAAAAAGGGAUAGUUAAAUAAUUUAUAUAAUUUGUUCAUCCUAAGUUUCUAAAGUUUACAUGAGUAAUGACGCCCACAGCACCAGAAACCGAAACAUAUGACGAUUUAAUAAAACGAAUACUGGAGUCAGACACGGACGAUGACUUUUCUAAGCAUCCACUGUCUUCAAAUAGUGCUCCAGAAGGGCCAUUACCACCAGAACUUGAAGCUGCCUUAGAAGAUAAUGUUCAAGCAGAAAAGUAUUUAAGUAAUUUAAAGAAAAGAAUGGAAGCAUGGAAAGCUGCGGGUUUAACUGACGCAAUGAAAAGAGCCCUUGAGCUCCUACACGAAAAUAAUGGACUGACAAGCGGGAAUAGCGAAGAAGACGAAGAUACUGAUGGAAGCAGUAAUGAUGAGCCAGCUACUCCAACGAUCGAUAUACAUGACAUUCAACCACAGCCAAAAGUAGCUGAGGGUUCAAUAUCGCGUCUUGUGAACGGUGUCUCUUCAUUGGUUGAUAUUGAAAAUUCUUUCAAUAAGCUCCGAAUACCAGAACUGGAUCUUCCUAUUACUCAAGAUAGUACAAUAAAAUCUGCGCUCACAGAAUUAUAUAAACUUCAAGAAGAUCUUCAAAUACAUUUACAAGGUGGACCAUUGGCGGAUCCAUCAACUAUGGGUGCACAGCGAAGAAAGAAAGUUGCUGAUCUGCUGGAACGGGUCAUGAAAGAAGCUGCUUUGUAUGAGGAAUUUGUAAAUAAAGCGCAACACCUUAGUCUAGAUAGAAUUUUGAAUGAAUCAGAAGGUUCUAGUGAUGAAGAAUGCAUAGAUUCUGAAACUAUAGAUACUGAAUCUGAGAUUCCUGGUUUUGAGGAUUCAUUAUCGGAUAUAUCUCGCAGGUCUGCAGCUACUCCAUCAACAACUCCACUUUCGCCACGUUCUUUAAGAGCUCUUGAUCCUAGUUUAGCACGAUUACGCUCUACUUCUUCUGCGUCGAUUCCUUCGAUGCAAUCUAGAGCAUCAUCUCGACUAUCACGUUCAUCAUCUCCUUCAAUAUUAGGUCUUGAGGACUUAGGAUUACUUGCCCCACCUGAACCAUGGGAAGCUUUCCGGUGGUCCCCUAUGGCAAAAUUAUCAGAACAAUUAUACUCAAAUCAGCAUGCAGGCUUGGCUACGGUGCUCGCUGUUAGUGGUGUUAUUGCAGUCGGUACUAUUCGUGGCUUAAUUAUGGUAUAUGAUUUUUCACAAACAUUAAAAUGCGUUCUUGGAACUACAGUCAAUGCUUUUGAACAGCAUGGUGCGGUUACCUCACUUGCUAUUUCUUCUGAUCACACUCAGAUUGUCAGUGGUCAUGCACAAGGAUUUAUAUUAAUAUGGGAUUUGCAAAGACCAAUGAAUCCAGUGCGUUCUAUUUCACCAAUUUCCCCGGCUGUUGCUGCAGGUGGCAGAAAAGAAGGACACAUUCGUGGUUCAUCAAUUUUACAUGUUGGGUUUGUCGGUAUGAGAAAAAAUGGAAUAGUGUCGGGAGACGAUCAUGGUAUGGCAUUUUACCAUAACUUGUAUAAGGUCAUGUUGGUUAAUGCUACAGAAACUACACGUAUUCUUGGAAGUUAUCCUACGCAGACAUCUGCUUCUCAAGCUUCAGUACCUUCUAAACCGAGAAGACCGAGUACAGUAUUUGGUUUAUCACCUUUGCCUCUUGGUCAAACGCCUCAUGGAUCCGAAAGUUUUGGGCUUGUAGCAAUGUUAACACCUUAUAAGAUGAUUAUAGUUAGUACUAAACCAACACCUCAAACCCAAUAUAAAUAUUUAAAACCCAAAAAUGUUUCGACGGAUUCAUCCACGUCAAAAUCAAUUGCCGGAUGCUUAGCAUGGUUUCCUGCUGAUAAGUUUCAGCUAAAUGACGAUUCACCAACUGAAUAUACUGAUCCUCUACUCGCAUUCUCAUGGGGUCAUCAUUUGACUAUUUUAAAAGUAACUGCUGUGCCACUCUCUGCUGCCGAACUUUCAAAAAAAAGAAGACGCCCUGAACAUGAUGUUAGGCUAGAAUUUACCAGAGUUGGUGAUUGGAAAUCUAGGAAUGGCAUAGUUGCGCUACAGUGGCUAUCCUCUCAGAUAUUGCUGAUUUUGACAAAUACCGAAGAUAUUGUUGUAUUUGAUCCAAAAUCUUUGCAUGAUUUUGAGCAAAGCAAUAUUCGUCAAAGAUCAUUAGUAUAUCAUGAUAGGUUUUCCUCACUUUUAAAGGAUAUCACGGACGAUUCAAAUGUGCAUGUAGAUACAUCAAGGACAACGGUUGAUUUGGCUUACUAUCACAGUAUACGCGUAUAUAAAGGAAACGUAUUUCUCUUGGGUGUGAGACAACUUCAUGCUGGGACACUUUUGUCAUGGGCUGAUCGUGUAGUUGCACUUGUGCAAUCUGGUGAUUUCCUUGAAGCUAUAGCUUUAGCCACAUCUUUUUAUAAUAAAACAUCAUCUCAAACAAUUCUUGGUUUACCGGAUGAUGAAGAAAGUCGUCAUGCAAUUGUAGGUGAAAAACUUAUGGAACUUUUAAUAGGUUCAAUAAAUUAUGCAUUUUCGAGCGAGCGUACAUUCCAGGGUAUGGUUGAUGAACAUAAUGGUAGCGGUGCAGUUUUAUUCAAUGAUUUAGCUGUCGCAUGUAUUGAGGCCUGUCUUAGUAUGCAUAGAGAGGACUUUCUAUUUAAUGAUGUUUAUGAGCGAUAUUCUGAGGCUUCUGCUAAAGGAGUACUCCUUGAAGUUUUUGAACCAUAUAUACUCGAAGAUAAAAUAAAGGAUUUACCGCCGGAAAUAAUGAAAGAUCUGGUCGAUCAUUAUAAGAGUCGUCGUAUGCUUGCAAAAGUUGAAAAAUGCAUAUGGCACAUUAACCCUCAAUGUAUAGAUAUUGAUCAAGUUGUCCAAUUAUGUCAAAGUGAAGGACUCUAUGAUGCGAUGAUCUAUGUUUGGAAUCGUUCCAUGAUGGAUUACGUUAGUCCGGCUGUUGAGCUUCUUAAAAUAAUCAGGAAAAUCUUAAUUUUAGAAAAGCGUAAAAAAAAGAAGCAUCGUUCUUCAAUGUCAACUUCCUCCAUUUCAGCUGAUGUUAAUGUUGAAGCGGGUGAAGAUUUGGAGACAAUGAGAACAAACGCUCGCAAAUUUUAUACUUACAUGGGAAAUAUUCUCACUGGUCGCACAUAUCCUAACGGUGCUCCACUUUCAGAGCCAGAAGCUAAUGAGGCUCGAACAACAUUAUAUUCUUUUGUGUUUUCUGGUCGUUGUGUUGUAUGGCCUAGGCACGGUGGGGAAUUAAUCUUAACAGCUGAAGAUGAGUUGAAAGGUUCAGAACCUACUUAUCCCUAUCUUAGAAUCUUCUUACGAUUUGAUACAAAAGCGUUCUUGCAAGCUUUAGAAAUCGCCUUUGAAGAUUCUUAUUUAAACGGGGUUGAAAUAAUUAUGAAUGGUGAUGAAUAUGUUGAGGAAGAAGAAUUACCUGGGAAAAUUAUAAAUCGUCAGUUAUUAGUGAAUAUCUUGUUAGAAGUUAUGACAUCAAGUUCUUAUGAUAACUCGGAAUUUUCCCAGACAGAUAUUUCCUACUUGUAUAGUUUUGUAGCGCGUAAUUUACCAAAAUACACACAAUUCUUACUAUUACCCCCAUCUAUCAUACACAAGAUACUGGUCCAUCUCAGUACUGAUAAUGUUCCUCGUACUCGGGAAGAACGACAACUUUCAGUAGAAUGUUUAUUAUCUAUUUAUACACCACAAGAUGAAAAUCAGAUGGUUCAGUUAUAUGAAAAUGCUGGGUUUUGGAGAGUGCUGGAGCAUGUAUAUAAAGCAGAUAAAAAAUACGGAUUAUUAGUGACAACUUAUUUAAAAGAUCCUGAACGAAGAAAUGAAGUUUUUGAUUGUAUUCGUAGCUUAUUAAAUCCCAACAGUAAGCUUACGGAGAAACAAAGAGAAGAAGUUACACAAACUAUUAUGACGAGAAUUGAUGAAAUUGUUGAUAUUGAUGGUGAACAAACUGCCGCAAUUAUUAAAACAUAUUUUGACAGUGAUCAUAAAACUGUUAUCGAGAAUUUAUCAUCAUCUCCAGCACGUUUAUUCACUUAUUUGAGGGGACUGUUGGAACCUUCUCAAGAAAAUAUAACAGGCGGAGAACUUGUGAGGGUUCGAACUGUCGAAGAACAAGUUAUUAUGUCUGAAGCACAUUCAGAGUCCCUUCUUAUAGAUCCAGAAAUUCAUGAACAGUAUAUUGCAUUAAUGUGCAGAUUUGAUCCUACAGGUGUAUACCAUUAUUUACAAACUCAUCCAGAUACCUAUAGAAUGGAAUAUGUAUUGCCUAUUUGUGAUGACACUGAUAUUGUAGACGCAGUGGUUUGGAUUUUGGAGAGAAGUGGUAAAGCAGUUGAAGCACUUAACAAAAUUUUGGAUAUAGUCCAAGAUAAAAAGCAGGAAAUUCUUUCAUUGAUUGAAGAUAAAAAAAAUGACAUAAAUGACCAAUGGACAUUAAUAGAAAAAACAAAAAUAGAGACAUCUUUAAUGAAAUUAAAAGGUGUACUCAAGAUUGGCAUUCUUUUGUGCGAGAAUAGUUGCCGACGAGCAACUUCAACAAAAGGUUCUAAGGGUGCUGUUGCCUUGCCUCAAGACCAUACUACAGAAAGUGAAACUGAGUUAUUAUGGUUCAAACUUCUUGAUGCAUUUUUGGAUGCCACUAAAGCUAUAUCUUCAUGUGUAAUACCACCAAUACCUCCAAUGAUGUCAGAAAAACUUUUAGCCAAUGGGCAAUUAUCCUCAUUUGAAGUAUCGAGAUCACCUAUAUCACCAUAUAUUGCAAAUCAUUUAGUUACUACUUUUAAAUCAUAUGUUCAGUCUAUUAUGAGGUCCUUACUGUUGUCCACAUCUUCGCCUUACGUUUCAUUGCCGAGACUAUUGCUUAGAUUUAUUCAGUCGCAAGCCAAAAGGAAUAGUACCGUCUCGGACUUUCGGGACAUUUUCGUAGGGAUGAUUGAUACAUAUAAAUAUGAAGGUCAGUUGCUAGCUAUGACCAACCGACUAUUUGAAAAGGACUUGUUCAUGAAUGUAGCGGGUGUUGUUAGACAGCGUGGUAAAGGCUGGCGCCCUCGUAGGGGGGCAUGUGAAGUGUGUGGGGUUCAGUUUUGGGGAACGGAUCUUAACCAUCUGAACCUUCGCACACCAUCUGGUUGGGGUUCACCCGAAAAGAAAACGCCCCAUUCAUCCACUAUAUCCAACCCUGCCAAUAUUGCAGAUGCCUUACCAGAUGCCUUACCGACCCUUGAAUUACUUGAAGAAGAAUCUAAUCAGUACCUGUCUGAUGGAGAAGCUUCGACAUCUGUCAACCCACUCCCCUCGCCACCGUCUCCUCAACCUUCAACAUCGUCAACGAUUCAAGAAAACGACCUAUUACUUUUCCGUUGUGGCCACGGUUACCAUCGUAGAUGCCUCGAGACCGAAUCGAACAUUUCUACAGAAAAUGAACCAGAAACUAUAUGUACGGUUUGUCAAAUAGAACGACGGAGUGAUGACAUUGAUUUAAUGAAUAAUUCAACGGGAAGAAUUAAGGGCAAAGACAAAAUUAUUUAAUGAUGGAACUGUAAUGCCUCGAAAAAGGUUUUUCAACAGACUUUGAAAAUUAUGACGUGAAAAUUUUGUGAUUUAUUAUAACUUUUAAUCUCUCCAUUAUUAACCUUUUUUGAAUGUUGAAUUAUUUUUAUAAUGGUAUUCAACAAUUACUUUUAAUUAUUGGUUUAGGACUUUGUUUAAAGGGUCUGUGUCUCCAGGUUUUUUUUCCAUUUUUUUCUCUUGAUUAUAAUUAUUACUUAGUGUAAUUAUAAAUUAAAUUCUUUAUUUGUAAUUUUAGAUUUUAUUUAGGAGGGGGGGGGGUUUAUAAAUUUUAUUGUAUUUUAUAGUAUUUAUUUAAACAUUUGUUCUUGGAGAAUUUUUUCUACAUCAAAUUGUAAAUUAUUAUUAAAAUACUUUGAUGUUUCUGGUUUUCGGAUAUAUAAGUUCGUUACAAUUUACAAUAUUAAAAAUAUACUCUUUCAAUAAUA